AUACACAUUGAAAUCCUUCAAAUUUCAACCCACCAACACACAUCGACAUCAUCCUCAGCGAUAGUAAGCGAAAUCGAAGUGGUCAUCGGGAGCAAAAGUGAUUCUAAGGAACUCUUUUGAAAAAUAAAACUGAUCGGUCCAUUGUUGUGUGUUGCCGGUUGAUCUGGGAAUAUUCUGUGUUUCGAUAAACAGGAAUUCGCUUGUAGACAGACAAUACACAUCUGGCGCUAAGUCUUGGAUAUCUCAGAUAAAGAUUCCGGCAGAGGAGCAUUAUUAGUUAAAAAUGGACGUCUUCAUGAUGAUCAGACGGAAGAAGACAACGAUAUUCACCGACGCCAAAGAAACGACACCUGUUUAUGAGCUUAAACGAAUGAUCGAAGGAAUAUUAAAAGUACCUCCCCGGGACCAACGUCUAUACAACAAGGAUAAUCAGCUAAUGGAGGACGAGCGAACACUACAGGAUUGUGGCAUCACGGUCACCACGGCUAAAGCGCAGUGUCCUGCCCAGCUUGGUCUGGCAAUACGAGACAAUGGCGGCGACUUUGAAUCGCUUGAAAUGACACCCUACUCGCUACCACCGGAUCUACCGGAUGUGAUGAAGAACCAGGACGCAGCAAAUGGGCAGGAUCAACUUGCCUAAUAAAAUUUCCACAAUGAAUGAUUAUUCAUUUUUAUAUUGCAAAUCUUUGCUCACCACUGUGCACGCAAGUCCAUGUUCUGUACGAUUGUUCCUGCUUCUAUAUUCAGCUUAACUUUCAAUUUAUCCUGACGGUGGUUUUUAGAUUGUUGCAUUUCUUAAGAUCAAAUGGGCAAAUUGAACAAACAGGGAAAUUAGUUCUCACUCAUCUAAACUUGGAAAUAAACUUAUAGACUUAUAGUACAUCAACUUUGUUAUAUAACUGAGCACUGUGGUUCGGUUUCUCUAUGUUCGUAGCAACACCCUACAAUUCAAAUCCGGUCGAUACCUUUGUUGGAAUGUGCAGCAUUGUAUGUUCGAUGGACUUAAUUCAAUGGGAAAAGAAGAAAUGGAUUUUUCAACUGUUAGACGUUUUGAUUAUUUUUAUUUUUACAUUUUUAAUCAAAUCAAUUUCAGAAUUCAAUAAAGAUUAUUGUUUGAUUGGGGGAA